CCGGCCGCUGCCUCCUGGGACAAUUCGCACGGCCCCAGGGGUGCACGGCGAUGUGGCCUCCGUCCAGCGCGCAGGCACGCCGGGGGGAUGCUCUGGCACCUGUCGGGGUCCCGGCCUAGCAUGGCCCGCGCGUUGCCCGACGUCGCCUCCGGCUAGGAUGGCCCCUCCGGGCCCGGCCGGCGCCCUCCCCACCUCUGCCGAGCCGCUGUCCCGCAGUAUCUUCCGGAAGUUCUUGCUGAUGCUCUGCUCCCUCCUCACGUCCCUUUACGUCUUCUACUGCCUGGCCGAGCGCUGCCAGACCCUGUCCGGACCCGUCGUGGGGCUGUCCGGCGGCGGCGAGGAGGCGGGGGCCCCUGGUCGCGGCGUCCUGGCCGGAGGCCCGCGGGAGCUGGCGAUGUGGCCGGCGGCGGCACAGAGAAAGCCCCUCCUGCAACUGCAACCGUGGCGGAGGCGCCGGCCGCCCGCGCCGCGCGCCAACGGAGAGGAGGCGGCCUGGGAAGAGGAGUCCCCUGGCCUGGCCGGGGGUCCCGGCGGCUCCGGGGCAGGAAGCAGCGUGGCCGAAGCCCCGCAGGGGACCCUGGCACUGCUCCUGGAUGAAGGCAGCAAGCAGCUGCCGCAGGCCAUCAUCAUCGGCGUGAAGAAGGGCGGCACGCGGGCGCUGCUGGAGUUCCUGCGCGUGCACCCCGACGUGCGCGCCGUGGGCGCCGAGCCCCACUUCUUCGACCGCAGCUACCACAAGGGCCUCGCCUGGUACCGGGACCUGAUGCCCAGAACCCUGGACGGGCAGAUCACCAUGGAGAAGACGCCCAGUUACUUCGUCACGCGGGAGGCGCCCGCGCGCAUCUCGGCCAUGUCCAAGGACACCAAGCUCAUCGUGGUGGUGCGGGACCCGGUGACCAGGGCCAUCUCGGACUACACACAGACGCUGUCCAAGCGGCCCGACAUCCCCACCUUCGAGAGCUUGACGUUCAAAAACAGGACGACGGGCCUCAUCGACACGUCGUGGAGCGCCAUCCAGAUCGGCAUCUACGCCAAGCACCUGGAGCACUGGCUGCGCCACUUCCCCAUCCGCCAGAUGCUCUUCGUGAGCGGCGAGCGGCUCAUCAGCGACCCGGCCGGCGAGCUGGGCCGCGUGCAGGACUUCCUGGGCCUCAAGCGGAUCAUCACGGACAAGCACUUCUACUUCAACAAGACCAAGGGCUUCCCCUGCCUGAAGAAGGCGGAGGGCAGCAGCCGGCCCCACUGCCUGGGCAAGACCAAGGGCAGGACCCACCCUGAGAUCGACCGCGAGGUGGUUCGCAGGCUGCGCGAGUUCUACCGGCCUUUCAACCUCAAGUUCUACCAGAUGACAGGGCACGACUUUGGCUGGGAUGGAUAACCAUAUAAUUUAAAAAAAAAAAAAAAAAA